UAAGUGAAUCUUUUGAUGAAUGUAGUGAUGGUGAUAAUGAGAAGAGUUCUGUUGCUGGUCCUAGCAAAUCUCAUCAAGAACAUAAGAGUGAUGAAAAUAGUAACAAUGCACAAAGUGAACAAAGCGAACAAAGCGAUCAAGAUAAUUAUGAAAUUAAUGAA